AUGAAGGUGACCAGCAGCUGCCAUGCUUCAAAAACACUAAAUGUCAAUGGUAUGGAGACAUUCGGGAGGUGUCAAUCAGAGGGUGACAUCAAGGAACAUCCCCUGUUGGCAUCAUGUGAGAGUGAAGACAGCACGUGCCAGCUCAUUGAAAUCAAGAAGCGAAAGAAGACACUUGCCUGGUCCUCUCUCAUGCGGAAGCUUUCUCCAUCGUCGGAUUUUUCUGGAGCAUUGGAGCCAGAAUUGAAAGCAUCACUGUUUGACCAGCCCUUGUCCUCCAUCUGUGGAGAGGACCAUACACUCCCCAGACCUAUCCAGGACAUCCUUGCUGUUCUGUGCCUCAAAGGCCCAUCAACUGAAGGAAUAUUCCGGAAAGCAGCUAACGAGAAAGCCCGCAAAGAGCUUAAAGAGGCGCUCAACGCGGGGGGCAACGUACACUUGGAGGACCGCCCUGUCCACCUGCUGGCCGCAGUCUUCAAGGACUUCCUGCGGAGCAUCCCUGGAAAGCUGCUGUCCAGCGAGCUGUUUGAGGAUUGGAUGGACGCCCUGGAUGGACCGAAUGAGGAGGACAGAAUCGAGGCCCUCAAAGAGGUUGCAGGCAGACUUCCCCGACCCAACCUCGUGCUGCUCAAACACUUGGCGUCCGUGCUGUAUCUCAUCAGCAAGAACUCAGGCACCAACAAGAUGGACCCGAGCAACCUGGCUAUCUGCAUCGGGCCCAACGUGCUGGCCCUGGAGAACGACCGGAGCCUGUCAUUGGAGGCCCAGAAGGACCUGAACAACAAGGUCAAGAUGCUGGUGGAAUUCCUCAUCGAGAACUGCCUUGAAGUCUUCGGGGAGAACGUCCCCGCGCCUUCCAGCGUCACUUCGGAUGACUCCCUGGAGCACACGGACAGCUCAGACGUGUCGACUCUGCAGAACGACUCGGCCUAUGAAAGUACAGACCCUGAGGCAGAGGCCAGCAGUGUCACCAGCUCCCCGAGCAGCCAGCCCACCGAGACAGAGGCCAACACGGACAACAGCGGGCCACCAUCCCCAUGUGAGUCAGGCCUGAAGCCGCGGCCCAUCCCCAGCACCGUGGCCCGGCUGAAGACCUCCCUUAGCCAGGCGGACAGGAGGCACUCGGAACCCAGCAUGUCCUCCUCGCGAGCGUACCUGGAGAGCCGCAUGACCAGCCACAAACUCACAAAGAGCGAAGACAACUUCCCCAUGACCCAGACAGGUGCUGGCUUUGGAAAGGAGGACACAGAUGACCUAUUUCCGGAGGAGGUCUUCCCUGGCCUAGAAGGUCAACCCAAAAGACCAGAGGACCUCAAGCCCAAGAGCGUGACCCCAGGGCCUGGCUUCCCUCGGGCACUGGUGGCCAAGGCCAUGUUCAGUGCCUCCUGGAGUGGCUCCUCUGACAGUAUCCCCAGGGCCUCUCCUUCCAGUCCCAGUCCCCAAAGGAAUUUCUUCACCAGACACCAAUCCUUCAUUGCAAAGACUGAGAAGACCACGGCCAAGGCCAGCCGAGAAAUCAAGAAGCACUCCCUGUCCUUCUCCUGGGCCCCUCACAAAGCGUCCGGCUCCAGGGCUGAGAGGCACAAAGGCUUUCCUAGAGACCAGGGGAAGCCCUUGAGGAAAGAGAGCCAGCUUGCUGGCCGCAUAGUCCAGGAGAGCUGGUCUGAAGCCCACAGCCAGCCAGCUCGGGACUCCAGCUCCAGGGCCUGUGGGCUCUCAGUGGACGAUGUGUUCCAGCAUGUGGACCAGAGAGUCCCUGGAAGCCCACCCUCUUAUGAGGAGGCUGUUCAAUGUCAGGCAUUCGAACUUGCUGACUACAAGAACCAGACCGUCGGAAAUAUGAGGGCCAGAAUGCUCAGUCUAGACUCCGUGCGCCCAGCCCUCCGGCCUUCUCGCCAGGAGGAGGGCUCCACAAACACAGGCAGUCACGGGCCCUUGACCAGGCAGAGACCUUCUCCUUUGACGGGAAGCUGGGAACAGAGUGGGACUAUGUGUGUGAAUGUGGAAUCAGGAGAGGCGGUGGCUGUACCAGGCAGAUCUGCCCUUCAUCGCCUGAGAACUGAGUCAGAGACCCUACCCAAGACCAAAAAGGACUACCUACUACGACGGUGCAGCCAGCCGGUCUUCGAGGUUGGCCAGCUCCAAUAUACCAGAGAAUCUUACAUUUAG